UAAUGGAAGGAUUCCCCACAACUUACGAUGCGCAGAAUCGGAUCUGGAGUGGAGCCAAACGGGUUCCUACAUACACCGAAGAGACGUCUAUUGGCAAGAUAAUAUGCAACGUAAUGAGGAACUGGCCAAACAACGUCUGUCAGAUAAACGAUGUGGAUGGCGUGGAAUUGACCUUUGGCCAAGGCAUAACUUGGGCUAUACGUAUAGCCCAGAUCUUUAAGAGUAAGGGACUCAAGUAUCCGGACGUGAUUGGCAUUACGGCCAGAAACUCCACCUAUGUAACUCCUGUGGCAGUAGCUUGUCUGUUGAAUGGAACUCCCUUUCAUGCGGUGAAUCCGGUGUCUGACGAAGUUACGCUGACUCACAUUUUGUCGAUAACCAAACCAACUGUUCUAUUUUGCGAGGGACAGGAUGUUGAGAAAGUUCGUGCAGCGACGAAAGCAUGGCAGCCAGAGAUCUUUACAGUCGUUGACCCCAUUGAAGGAGUCCCUCAUAUUGAUACUCUUCUGGCGCCUACAAGUACAGAAAUAUUGUACCAGCCAGAACUUUUGAAGGAAGGGGGUGAACAGACCAUGGCCAUUUUGUGCUCAUCCGGGACAACAGGCUUGCCCAAAGCCGUUUGCAUAUCCAACCAAACACUUUUCUUGGAGUACUUUAUAAUGAACAGCGAAUUAGUCACAUUUUCCGCAAGUGGUCUGGACUGGUAUAGUGGUCUGACCUCCUUUCUCUUGAGCACUGUCAUUGGUAGCACCCGCAUUAUUACCAACAAGCCAUUCGCACCAGACUAUUUCGUAGAACUUGUCAAGAAGUAUAAGAUCAACUUUGUAAUUCUGCCCCCUCGUCAUAUGUCUGCAUUGACCGCAUAUCCGGGAGCCACAAAGGAAGCUUUGGCCUCUAUCUCUACCAUAAACUACGGAGGUGGUUUUACAUCUAUGACCACAAUGAAGAAAAUGCAGGAGCUCUGCCCGGAUGCAAUGCUGUGCUCAGGUUAUGGAAUGACCGAAGUCGGUGGAGUAGCCUUUAAUUUUGGGCUCGAUAACGCCAACGCAGCUGGAAAGCCACUGACAGGCAUAAGAAUUCGAAUUGUGGAUGAAGCUGGCAAGAAUCUGGGUUACAAUAAGACGGGAGAGAUCUAUGUCCAUACAGGUCUUCCCUGGAAAGGAUACUAUGGAAAUCCCAUUGAGACUCGACGAACCCAGGACGAUAAAGGAUGGGUGCAUACCGGCGAUCUGGGUUAUUUUGAUGACACGAAUCUGCUAUAUGUGGUGGAUCGAAAGAAAGAGAUUUUCAAGUACCAGGGAAAUCAUUACUGUCCGUCAGAAAUCGAAGGUGUUAUCUCAGAGCUACCCGAAGUGGACGAAGUGUGUGUGAUAAGCAUCUAUAAUGAGCAACAAGGUGAUGCUGCGGGUGCCCUGGUGGUCAAGAGACAAGGAACCGCAAUUACUCCUAAGGAAAUAGCAGAUCAUGUGGCCAAGAGACUUCCUUCGAUUCAGAAGCAACUUCACGCUGGGGUUCAGUUUACCGACAAGCUGCCAGCUAAUCCAAAUGGAAAGACAUUACGACGGCUGGCACGAGAGGAGUUCGUUGCGAAGAAAGACGCUGGAAAAUAAUAUUUUAUUAGUGUAGUUAAAUUAAAUUUCAUUUUUUUUUAACUUUACAUAAUCUCAUUAUUUGGUAUUUCCCUUUAUUUGGGUCAACACACACCCGAGUGACAAACUCUUAUAAUUUUAUAGCUAAUAGUAUUUGUUAAUGAAUGAAAUUAUUAAUCAGAAAGUUGUACAGAUAAGAAAACUUGGAACUUUCAAUGUCAACAAUUAGGUAAUAAUCAGUUCUGAGUUAUGAUUGACAGACUUAGACAGGCUUAUCGCAAUCUAAUGUGUACACAUAUUUA